UUACUGUUUACCAAUUGCCGCGAUUGACGAGUUAGUCGGUCGGCCUGUUUAGCCGACCUCGCGCGCUUUAUCUGGUGAUUUACUCACUAGUUGCGCGUUGCUAGCGGCAAACGCGACUCCAAUCACUAAGUUAUGACCCUGUGACGCAAUAUCAUGACUAAAGCCGACAACUCGGCGAAAGCCACCUCGCCAAGCGUGGCAAUACACGUGGAUGGCUAUGAAGAACAGGAUCAGGAACAUUUAAAAUUGCUAGACCCAAACUCGGCAACGCCGAUCGUUACGCCCUCUGGACAAAUUCGCAAAGUCAAGAGCUUCACAGAUACACACAGAAUUCGAGAUGUGAAUGCCGCGUCUGGUGCAGCUUCAGCAAGAAGCCUGCGUCCGUAUGAUCAGGUUGCUACUUAUAACCCCGAAGGUUCAGACAGUGGCACUAACCACUAUGCUCCGUCCGUUCGUUCCCUUGCCUCCAUUGGUAUGGGCUGUACUGAUGGUCGAAAAAUGGUUAUUAGACGAGUUCCUACGUCGCCCACGGAACUGUUUCAUCUAGUUCGCCCUCCUACACCACCAGAUGAAGACACGGCGUCACAAGAAAGUAAUUGCGGAGAAGAGGAAGAAGACGCUGACACGGUACACUUAAAACCUAGAAGACCAUUUUGGGCAAACAAAAUACAAUUUGUGCUAGCCUGCGUCGGAUACUCGGUUGGUCUGGGAAAUGUUUGGCGAUUUCCAUAUCUGUGCUACAAAAGCGGCGGAGGGGCGUUUCUGAUACCUUACUUUAUAAUACUCCUAAUAUGCGGUGUGCCAAUGUUAUUCAUGGAACUUGCUGUAGGCCAAUACACAGCUCAUGGCCCUAUAGGAGCACUUUCACAAAUAUGUCCUCUAUUUAAAGGUGCUGGUUUAGCGAGCGUGGUGAUCUCCUUCCUUAUGUCCACGUAUUAUGCAGUGAUUAUCGCUUGGGCGAUAUACUACUUUUUUACAUCAUUUAAAUCUGAAGUUCCAUGGGCAAGUUGUUCUAACAGAUGGAAUACUGCACAAUGCUGGGUCCCUAAUCACAACAUAACCAAACCUAAUGGCUCUCAAACGCCCACCGAACAAUUUUUUGAGAGAAAGGUCUUGAGCAUGAGUGAUGGUAUAGAAUUUCCUGGGGGCAUGCGGUGGGAGUUGGCAGCUUGUUUAAUUUGUGCUUGGGUUUUAGUUUACUUUGCACUUUGGAAAAGUAUAAAAUCCUCGGCAAAAGUUCGAUAUAUCACCACGACUUUACCAUUUCUACUUAUCAUUGUAUUUCUUGGCCGAUCUUUAACACUCGAUGGUGCUGAUAAAGGCUUAAGGUUCUUCUUUAAACCAGACUGGGAACUAUUAAAACAAUCACGACCAUGGGUAAAUGCCGCCUCGCAAAUCUUCAAUUCUAUUGGAAUUGCGUUUGGUUCGAUGAUAAUGUUUGCUUCAUAUAAUCGAUUUGACAAUAACUUCCUACACGAUACUUUGGCUGUAUCUUUAGUUAAUGCAGUAACUAGUCUCAUUGUUGGAAUUUUUACAUUUGCUACAAUCGGCAACAUUGCUUUUGAGCAGAACACAUCGGUGAAAGUGGUCAUCGCUGAUAGUCCUGGGCUGUUGUUUGUAGUAUAUCCUCAAGCUAUAGCUAAAAUGCCAGCAUCACAACUUUGGGCAGUUUUAUUUUUCUUCAUGUUCCUCUGCCUCGGUUUAAACAGUCAGUUCGCCAUAGUUGAAGUUGUGGUGACUUCUAUUCAAGACGGAUUUCCCGAUAUGAUACGGAAACGGCUAGUGUAUCAUGAACUUCUAGUUCUUUGCGUUUGUGCUGUUUCUUUAGUGUUUGGAUUGCCACAUAUUAUACAUAGUGGCAUUUACAUAUUCCAACUUAUGGAUUACUAUGCAGCUUCACUGAGUAUAACGUAUUUAGCUUUCUUUGAAGUUGUGGGCAUAGCCUGGUUCUAUGGAGUGGAUCGUCUGUCUCAAAACAUUAAACAGAUGACAGGUCAGGCUCCAUCGCUGUACUUCAGAUUUUGUUGGUUGAUAGCUGCCCCGGCGCUAUUGCUAGCGCUUUGGGUAGCUAGCCUGGUCGACUACACACCGCCGAGUUACCGUCAAUAUCAGUAUCCGGCUUGGGCACAAGUAUUAGGCUGGACUAUCGCCUCACUUUCUUUAUUAUGCAUUCCAGUCUAUGCAGUAGUCGUCAUUGUCAGGUCUCCUGGCAGUUGCUUUAGAGAGAAAUUGCGGAAUUCAAUUCGUCCGACGUCCAUGUGCGACUGUGGGGUUGCAGGUUGUGAUAUAUGUUGCUCGGAUUCUGAACCACCCGAAGACAAAAUAACCAUGAACUAGUCCUCAAUUUUUGUUUUAGCUUUAUACAAUAAUUUGUCUCUUGUACCUAUUAUUCGAGUGUCUAUCUACUUAGUUAUCAAGAACAAACACUACCAAAAAUGAUAAAAUAUGACUUCCAUCUUAAGAAUUAUCAAGAAAUUAAUGUUUACGCAUGCGCCAUGCCCGACCUCAAACUACUUAAAUGUAGGUGUAUAUUAUAAUAGUGACACAGUUUCCAACACUCAACAUCAAGAAGUGUAUAGGUACUUCAGUUGACUACAAACAGAUCUGUUGAUUAAAUGAGAUAAACGAGUGGCUAGUGGCUAAAUUCAAUAUGAAAUACUUUAUUAGAUAAUAUAUUGUAUUUAUUAGUUUGUUUUGUUCUUUAUGAUAAUAUAUAUAUAAAUUGAAAUGAAUAAAUUAAUUAUAGAGGUCCAAGAGAAUUAUCUAUUUUAUAAGUUCAUUUACUCGAAAACAUUCCAUUGUUUUUAUAAAUUUUAUUCUCAUAUUUUAAUCAAUGAUUUGAAAUGCUUAUAGUUACACUGUGAUUAAAACAUUCCAAAAGAAACUAUAAAAAUUAACAUUAGUAAAUAGAUUUAAGAUUUAAUAAUAAAUUUUUAAUUAUAUGAUAAACGACACCAGAGCAACCGAGAGAAUACUCUCUUACAAUACAUACAUCUUAGUCAGACAAUAAGUACUACUACCACUAAAGUACAAAAUAAAGUCAAAUAAGUCAUUUGAUCAGUAUGUAAUUAACUUAUGAUUUUUGAAUAUGUACAGAGGUUCUUUUAGAUAAAUAAAUAAAUAUACAUAAAA